UUAGUAAAUUAAGGGUGUAGAGUGCUUUUUACCCUUCUCAUUGGAUCUCUCUCCCCUAUAUAUAUAUGUGUAUGUGGGAGGCUAUAUGUGUGUGUGUGUCUUAUCUUAAUAAUUAUUGCUGUUUUGGUAAUGAAACGAGAAAGUGUAAGAGACACUUGAAAUACCUGAAGUGGAAGCGUUAUCAAAGUCAAAGGUCAACAAAUUGGAAGUGACAUGUAAUUCUUCAGAAGAAGUGACAUGAUGUCACGCAACACGACAUGUUAGCCUUGCCCGGGGGUGUUCUUCCGAAAAACACCUCCGACGUUCAAGUCAGAUAGGAAAUGAAAAAUCAAUGAAUGAAUGAUAAUAGAUUGGAUAAUAGAUUGAAUGCAAGACUGUAUAUAUCAGGAUGUUGGUUGAUUAUGUUUUGGUAUGUUGAUAAAGAAGAUAAUGAGUAGAGAUUUGGGCAGAGUUUCGGUACGGGAUCUAUGAGCUUAGAAUGCAAAUGUGAUAUGCAACAAGUAUUUAUAAGGAAUGAAAGUAAGGUGGGUUACUAGGAUAAUAGGGAGUUUUUGUAUGAUAUGGUAACCUUUAAGACUUUCACUGAAUUGUUGUUGCUAUCUUUAUUUGCUUAUUUCGAUUUUAUAAUAAUUUCUAAUAUUAUAAGUAAAUUAAAACGAAGGAAUUAGUAGCAAGUUAAAUGAACAUCUCUAGUAAACACUCUGGACUUAGUUGUAAAUUUUGAUGUUCUUCACCGCCCCAUUCCUUUACGAGUAUAAUAUAUAGUCUAUAUUCGUCUCUUUGAACUUAAACGAUAGAAUUUAAAAAGUGUUAACUAAGAGAGACACGGGAAUACUUCAUUUCCCGGUCUUCCAUGCCAAUUUGACAGAGGUAACCGAAACCCAGAAAACGGCAAGAGAGGUUUACAAAGAACAACAUCGAACAGGAAGAAUUGGGGAUGAAGAUGAGAACAAGUGCAGAAAGCUUAACAUUAAUACUUGUAAAUUUAGCAGGAAUUAUGGAGAAAGCAGACGAAUCAGUUUUACCUGGUGUUUACAAAGAACUUGGUGAAGCUCUUCAUGCUGAUCCUACCAAAUUAGGUUCUCUUACACUUCUUCGCUCCAUUGUUCAAUCUGCUUGUUACCCUCUUGCUGUUUAUCUUUCUACUCGUUUUAAUCGUGCUCAUGUUAUUUCUCUUGGUGCUUUUCUUUGGGCUGCUGCUACUUUCCUUGUUGCCAUUUCCUCUACCUUCUUUCAGGUGGCAGUUUCAAGAGCUCUAAAUGGGAUAGGACUUGCAAUUGUUGCUCCUGCUGUGCAGUCUCUUGUAGCUGAUUCAACAGAUGACAACAAUCGAGGAACAGCAUUCGGAUGGCUGCAGCUGACAGCCAAUCUUGGUGCUGUACUCGGUGGGCUGUGUUCUGUUUUAAUUGCUCCAAUGACAUUCAUGGGAAUUCCUGGCUGGAGAAUAUCUUUUCAUUUUGUUGGAAUAAUUAGUGUAAUUGUCGGCAUUUUAGUCCGCGUAUACGCAAAAGAUCCACAUUUCUCCGAUGAAAGUACUACGAUGAAUACCACUCGAUCAUUCUUAUCACAAGUAAGAGAAUUAGUAUAUGAAGCAAAAUCAGUUGUUAAAAUAUCAUCUUUCCAGAUUAUUGUGGCCCAGGGUGUCAUGGGUUCUUUCCCCUGGUCAGCAUUGUCCUUUUCGGCCAUGUGGUUGGAACUCACAGGUUUUUCUCAUACAGAGACAGCAUUCUUAAUUGGGCUAUUUACUGUUGCAAGUUCGCUUGGUGGGUUGUUUGGUGGUUGGCUCGGUGAUAAAUUGUCGAGGCGUUUACCAAAUGCUGGUAGGAUAAUAUUAGCACAGAUAAGCUCUGGGUCUGCGAUCCCUUUAACGGGUUUGCUUCUGUUGGCUUUACCUGAUGAUCCCUCGACUGCAAUCAUGCAUGGUGUACUCAUGUUUAUCACAGGCUUCUUCAUAUCCUGGAAUGCUCCUGCUACAAACAAUCCAAUUUUUGCAGAAAUUGUUCCCGAAAAAUCAAGAACAAGCAUCUAUGCAUUGGAUCGAUCAUUCGAGUCAAUACUUUCAUCAUUUUCACCACCUAUUGUUGGCAUUUUGGCUCAACAUAUCUACGGUUAUAGGCCUGUUUCUAAAGGAUCUACUAUCACCGAAGAAAUAGCCACAGAUCGAGCAAAUGCUGCAGCAUUAGGCAAAGCUCUCUAUGUCGCAAUUGUAAUUCCCAUAGCGCUUUGCUGCGUUAUAUACUCAUUCUUAUAUCAUACGUACCCAAGAGACAAGGAGCGUGCCCAAAUGCAGGCUUUGGUAGAGUCCGAGAUGCAGCAACUAGAGGUGGAUAACUUGAUUGAAGGGCAAUACACAUUGGCUGAGAUCUCAAAAUCGCACGAGCUACAAUUUGAAGAUACCAGCAUUGAGACGGGAUACAAAGUAGUAGAUGGCGAUGCAAAAACGUUGCUUUAUCAUCAAACAUAGCAAGAUAUUCGACUUUAUGUAAACUACAUAGUCAUUGACAUCUCAAAAUUCCGUCUUUGAAGGUUAGGUUAUACGUGUUGGAGGAAUCGAAUACAAAUAGAAAUAUGUACUGGAAAGGAUUUGUACUUGUGAAAAUUUUAAUGUACAGAGCAGGAUUUUGUAAUCGUUCAAAGAUACAACUUGUGUCACCUUACAUUUUGUAAUAGCAGAAAUAGCCUUGUAUAAUAAUGUCCAAUGGAGACGGGAUGAGGAAGAAGAACAAAGCACAAAACACAAGCAUAAAUAUUUUUGAUAUUUUUGGUAAUGAAUAAAUAAAUAUUUUUGAUUUUUGAUUUUUGA